AUGCCUCCCUGUUUUGAUCUUGUCAAUCGCGCCACCAUGUUGGAUCUUGCAAACCACGCCCCCAUGUUGGAUCUGGCAAACCACGCCUCCGUGUGCGACCUUGCAAACCAUGCCUUCAUAUCGGCCCUUGCAAACCACGCCUUCAUGUUGGAUCUUGCAAUCUACGCCUUCAUGUUGGAUCUUGCAAAGCCCGCCUCCAUGUUGGAUCUUGCAAACCACGCCACCAUGUUGGAUCAUACAAACAACGCCACCAUGUUGGAUCAUACAAACCACGCCUUCAUAUCGGCCCUUGCAAACCACGCCACUAUGUUGGAUCAUGCAAACCACGGCAUCAUGUUGGAUCUUGCAAACCACGCCACCAUGUUGGAUCUGACAAACCACGGCAUCAUGUUGGAUCUGGCAAACCACGCCACCAUGUUGGAUCAUGCAAACCACGCCACCAAGUUGGAUCUGACAAACCACGCCAUCAUGUUGGAUCUGGCAAACCACGCCACCAUGUUGGAUCUGACAAACCACGCCACCAUGUUGGAUCAUGCAAACCACGCCACCAAGUUGGAUCAUGCAAACCACGCCACUUUGUUGGAUCUUGCAAACCACGCCACCAUGUUGGAUCAUGCAAACCACGCCACUUUGUUGGAUCUUGCAAACCACGCCUCUAUGUCGGACCUUGCAAACCAUGCCUCCAUGUCGGACCUUGCAAACCACGCCUUCAUGUCCGGCCUUGCAAGCCUCGCCUUCAUGUCGGCCCUUGCAAACCACGCCUCCAUGUCGGACCUUGCAAACCACGCCUCCAUGUCGGACCUUGCAAACCACGCCUCCAUGUUGGACCUUGCAAACCACGCCUUCAUGUCGGACUCUGCAAACCACGCCCCAUGUUGA